GGGGCCGGGGCCGGGGCGGCUCGGGCGGGAUGGUGGACGUGUUCAGCGGGAGGCUGCUGGUGAACAAGGAGGGGCAGCGCGUGGAGGCGGAGGCGGCUCUGCAGAACAAGGUGGUGGGCUUGUACUUCUCGGCCGCCUGGUGCUCGCCCUGCCGGGACUUCUUGCCGCUGCUGUGUGACUUCUACAGCGAGCUGGUGGAGGAGGCGCGCCCGCCCGCGCCGCUCGAGAUCGUCUUCGUCUCGUCUGACCGCAGCGCCGAGGAGAUGGCGGACUACAUGCACGCCAUGCACGGCGACUGGCUGGCGCUGCCCUUCCACGACCCCUACAAGCAUGAGCUGAAGAAGAAAUACAAUAUAACAGCCAUCCCCAAAUUGGUGAUUGUGAAGCAAACUGGAGAGGUCAUUACCGACAAGGGAAGAAAACAGAUCAGAGAGAGAGGACUAUCUUGCUUCCGAAACUGGCUUGAGGUUGCUGAUAUCUUUCAGAAUUUUUCUAACUGAGCAAAAACUCAGGUACAAGCAAGACCAGAAGGCAAAGCAUUGUGAAGGAACUUGCAGAAUUCCCAAACUAGCACUGCAUUGCUUGGAACAAAGGGAAGGAGGGUGCGUUAUUCCACCUUUCUUUGUGAGCAAAUUUUAUUUUAGCCCAGAUUAUAGAAGACCAGAAUAUGCCAGUAGCUAAAUAGGGGUCAGGAAAAAAAUAUGCACUUAGUAUUCUAUUCCCGUUGUCCUUUUUGUUGUAUUUAAUUUGAAUACCAAAGCAUUCCUAAUAAUACUUAGAAUGGUAGCCCCGUAAAAUCUAUGCAAAUGUUUUAUUUUUGUAGAUCUGUACAGGUAAAAAGAAUACAUAUUUUUCUUGAUAGAGAUUUUCUGGUGAUUAGCAUGUAAUUCAUAUUUAUCAAUACAACGUAAGUAUAUUUGCUUUAAUAAAUAAUUAUUUAUGGAA